AUGAAACUGUUCGUGGUCGCUCUGUCCUGCCUGGCGGCGCUCGCCCUCGCCGAGGAGCCCCUCCGGUUCUACCACGAGAAUGUAGGCAUCCGUGAGGCCGAGGUCAUCAGGCAAGCGGAGCAGGCCCUCGACUUCGACGGUGCCAGGAUCGUGGGAGGUUCGGCGGCUAACCUCGGACAAUACCCGUACAUGGGCGGUCUGGUCAUCACUCUCCAAAAUGGCGCGACCUCGGUGUGCGGUUCCUCACUGUUGACCAACAACCGCGCUGUGACGGCUGCCCACUGCUGGUGGGAUGGUCGCAACAGGGCGCGCCAGUUCGUCGUCGUCUUGGGCUCCACCCGCCUCUUCUCCGGCGGCACCAGAAUCACCACCACAAACGUCGUCAUGCACGGCUCAUGGAACCCCAACAACUUGAACAACGACGUCGCAGUCAUCAACAUGAACUGGGUCAAUUACAACAACAACAUCAGGAAUAUCGGUUUGGCAUCUGGCAGCAACAGCUUCCAGGGCGCGUGGGCUAUGGCCGCCGGUUUCGGCAGAACCAGCGACUCGGCUGGCAUCGGCAACAACCAGUUCCUGUCACACGUGAGCCUGCAGGUCAUCGGAAACGCUGAGUGCCAGCGAACCUUCGGAAAUGCCAUCAUUGGGUCCACUCUCUGCACCAGUGGUGCUGGAGGCAGGAGCACAUGUGGUGGAGACUCCGGUGGUCCUCUUGUAGCCAGCAAUGUCCUCAUCGGUAUUACAUCUUUCGGCUCGGCCAGUGGCUGCCAGCGUGGCCUCCCAGCCGCUUUCGCCAGAGUGACCUCCUUCAACGCCUGGAUCAGAUCUCGCUUG